AACACCUUCAUGUCCUUCAUCUUCCCCAUGGUGGUCAUCUCCAUCUUGAACACCAUCAUCGCCAACAAGCUGACUGUGAUGGUCCGCCAGGCGGCCGAGCAGGGCCGGGUGUGCACGGCUGGGGACCAGCACAGCGACUUCAGCAUGUCCAUCGAGCCCGGCAGGGCCCAGGCCCUGCGGCACGGCGUCCAGGUCUUACGUGCCGUGGUCAUCGCCUUCGUGGUCUGCUGGCUGCCCUACCACGUGCGGCGCCUUAUGUUCUGCUACAUCUCGGACGAGCAGUGGACCCCGUUCCUCUACGACUUCUACCACUACUUCUACAUGCUGACCAACGCCCUCUUCUACGUCAGCUCCACCAUCAACCCCAUCCUCUACAACCUCGUCUCCGCCAGCUUCCGCCAGACCUUCCUGUCCACCCUGGCCUGCCUCUGUCCCCUGUGGGGGCGCAGGAGGAAGAGGCCGACCUUCUCGAGGAAGGCUAACAGCGUGUCCAGCAACCACACCUUCUCCAGCAACGUCACCCGGGAAGCGCUGUACUAGGGCGGCAGGGCUGGGACG